CUCAUGACAAUAUCACUAAGUUCAUAGUAAGCUAAAAGCUUACAAAAACAUAGUAAGCUAAAGAUACCUUUCCAAUCUUGCAAUUUUUUUUUGUGCACUUCAAGCACUUUAGUUCCCUUGAAUUAAGACCAAUUUUUCAAAAUGGUGUCACCAAAUGUUGAAUCCACUACAGCAGACUCCACAUAUACCUUUCGAAACUUGGUUAAGAAAUCAUGGGCUAAGUUAGUGAAGGUCAUAAAUAUGGUAAAAGAGAUUGGCCAAGAUGACCCUAGAAGGGUUAUUCAUUCCUUCAAAGUCGGAUUGGCAUUAGUGUUGAUUUAUAUUUUGCAUCAUUUUCGUCCCUCAUUUUAUGGUUUUGGUGACAACAUAAUUUGGGCGGUUCUUACCGUUGUUAUUGUCCUCGAACUUUCUGUGGGUGCAACACUCGGAAAAGGUUUCAAUAGGAUGUUGGCCACGGGUUUAGCAGGUGCUCUUGGUGUUGCAAGUAACGAACUAGCCACUCUUUGUGGGGAUAAAGGAAAGGUUGUAAUGACUUCAAUCUUUGUCUUUGUCAUAGCUGAAAGAGUGACAUUUAUGAGAUUUUCCCCUAAAUUGAAGGCUAGAUAUGAUUAUGGGAUGAUCAUAUUCAUCCUAACAUUUUGUUUGGUAUCUCUUUCGGAUGUGACUGGUCAUGAACUUCUAGAAAUGGCCUACGAGAGGUUAUUAACAAUCAUAAUUGGGAGCUGUAUAGCUAUUACAGUUUGUGUUUUCAUAUUCCCUGUUUGGAUUGGAGAAGAUCUUCACAAUAAGAUUGCUGGCAAUAUUGAAAAGUUAGCAGACUUUUUAGAAGGAUUUGGAGAUGAGUACUUCAACAAUUCAGAGAAUACAGAAGUAGCUGAAAAUGAGAAGCAAUUUCUCCACAAAUAUAAAAGUGUCCUCUCUUCAAAAACCAGUGAAGAAACAAUGGCUGUUUUGGCAAGAUGGGAACCUCGUCAUGGCAAGUUCAGAUUUCGUCAUCCAUGGAAGCAAUACUUAAAGAUUGGGAACUUGGCACGAAUUUGUGCUUACAAAAUUGAAGCACUUAGUCUAUACCUCAUCAAUUCCAAAACCCCAUAUGAAUUUCGAAGCAGGAUUCAAGAAUCAUGCACAAAUAUUAGCUUGGAGUCAGGCAAAGCCCUAAAAGAAUCAUCAUUGAUGAUAAAGAAAAUGUGCAAGUCAUCAACACCAAAUUCCCAUGUUUUAAAUGCUAAAAAUGCUGCUGAAUGUCUUAAAGCUGUUCUAAGAACAAAUCCCUGGGAAGGUGCUGAUCACUUCGAGAUAAUACCAGCUUCGACAGUGGCAUCAUUGCUUAUUGAUAUUGUGAUUUGUGUUGAGCAAAUUUGUGAAGCUGUUGAAGAAUUAGCAUCACUUGCAAAUUUUGUGCCCUGCCAGUUACUUCAUAGGGGAACCGUGCAACCGAUUUCUGAUAGUGACGGUUCGGUUCAUGUUGUCAAUGUUAACAUUGGUGAGUGAUCACUCAGAUUAGAUGACACAGAUUCUCUAAAAUUGCAGUAUGGUGCGUAGAAUAUAAAGAAUCAUAAUCCAAGAUUAUAGUAUUGGGUCGGAACUAGAGACAAUAAGCAAAAAUAGUCACUAGUGAAAGAAGAAAAUAAAUAUGUGAGCACACAAAGUGUUGUUGUCACAAUUUAAAUGGUAGUUCUUCUAUAGGGAUCUUUACACAUCAA